AUGCAGAUGUCGCCCGCAGCGCGAUUGCGGAAGCUCUUGGCAGAGGCGCGUGGCGAGCGCCGGUGCGAGCUAAUUCCUGCCUGCCACGAUGCGCUUUCGGCAGUGCUUAUCCAACGCGCUGGAUUUCCCAUUGCUUUCAUGAGCGGCUAUGCUGUCAGUGCGACGCAGCUUGCUUGUCCUGAUGUGGGUCUUAUCUCCUAUGCUGAACAGGUGCAGGUUGGCCGCAACAUUUGCGCCGCUGUUGGGCCUGAGAUGUGCGUCAUCGGCGAUGGCGACACCGGUUUCGGUGGCAGUGGCAAUGUUCGCCGAACAGUUCGAGGAUAUGCGGAUGCAGGCUUCGCAGGCAUUACAAUCGAGGAUCAGUGCUAUCCAAAGCGGUGCGCCUAUGCGAAGGGCCUGGCGGUGGUUGAGCGCGAGGAGGCGUGUGCACGCCUCGCGGCGGCACUAGCUGCAAGGGACGAGCUGCGGACGGAAGGCAAGGACCUGGUGAUCAUUGGGAGGACAGAUUGCCGCCAUGCUGCCUCAAACGGCGGCUUCGAGGAGGCCCUGACAAGGUGCCGAGCAUUCGCAGAACUCGGAGCAGAUGUAGUUUACGCUGAAGGCUUGAGCGACAAAGCCGAGAUGAUGCGGUUGACCUCUGACAUCCAGGUGCCAACCAUGCUGGCACAGGUGGAGAAGCCGGAUGUUCAUCUCAUCGAUGCGGAGGAGGCAGGGCGGCUGGGCUUCACCAUGAGCUUGCUGGGCCUGGCGGUGCUCAACGUGGCAAUGUGCGCCAUGAAGCGUGGCCUCGGGGAGAUGAAGCAGGGCAAGCACCCAGAGGUGCAAAGCCGGCUGUCCUUCUCAGAGCUCUACCGCGAGGUGGGCUUUGAGGAGCACUACGCAUGGGAAGAGAAGUUUGAAGGAAGACGUGACUGGCCACAUCCGAAGGCGAAACUCUGA